GGGUGGGUGGCACUUGCCGUUUUAGCGCCAGUAUUUAAUCUCCCGCUUGUUUCCGGCAUAACUGACUGUACAGUAACGACAGUAGAGUGUUGUUUUUUGCUAUAUUGGUACACGAAGAUAAAAUGUCUCCCACAACCAAAAGAGCCUGUACGAGCCCUUUGAAUGACAGUUUGGAGAAAAGAAUUAAAAGAAUCGCCAUUGAAGGCAAUAUUGCCUCGGGCAAAUCUACGUUUGUUCGGCUGUUAAAGGAGCAUGACAGAGAGUGGGAGGUAGUACCAGAACCCAUCGCUAGAUGGUGCAAUGUACAAACUCACCAUGAUGAUCAUGAGGAGUUAACCGCCUCUCAGAAGAGUGGAGGAAAUGUUCUGCAGAUGAUGUACGAGAAGCCUGAGCGCUGGGCGUACACCUUCCAAAGUUACGCCUGCAUGAGUCGUAUCCGCUCCCAGAUAAAGUCCACCAAUGGGAAACUCAGAGAGGCGGAGAAUCCCGUGCAGUUUUUUGAACGAUCCGUGUACAGCGACAGGUAUAUCUUUGCCUCUAACCUCUAUGAGAGCGAGUGUGUGAAUGACACAGAGUGGGCAAUAUAUCAGGACUGGCACAGCUGGCUCCAUAAACAGUUUGGAAAGCACAUUGAACUGGAUGGCAUCAUUUAUCUGCGGGCGAAACCAGAGAUGUGUUUGGAGCGACUGCAUUUGAGAGGAAGAGAAGAAGAACAGGGAAUUCCACUGGAAUAUCUGGAGAAACUUCACUAUAAACACGAGUGCUGGUUACAGCACAGGACUAUGAGUAUGGAGUUUGAGUAUCUGAAUGAAGUGCCGGUUCUUACUCUGGAUGUCAAUGAUGAUUUCAAAGACAACAACAUCAAGUGUGCUGAUAUGAUCGAGAAGGUCAAAGAAUUUCUGAGCAAUCUGUGAUUGUGAAGAGAGAUUGUGCUUCUCCUUUUAUUGUUUUGUUUUAAAUAUAUUAUUGCUUUGUGUGUGUUUUUAUGUCCUUGUGAAUUAAAUAAUGACUAAAGGUGAUUACUUAUUUCUCUUUUAAUGAGUUAGACACCCAAAAAUCAAAAUUGCCAUCAUUCACAUACCAUCGUGUUAUUCCAGAGACUGAUAUGACUUUUUUCUGAGCAUCACAAAAGGAAAUGUGAGGCAAAAUGUUAACCUCAGUGACCUUUUUUUUCUUUAUUAUUGGUUGGGAAGAAUAUGCAAUGAAAGUAAUUGGUGACUGAGGCUGUCAGUCCCUAAUAUGGCGCCUAGCGUCUCCUUCCACAGGAAAAGGAAAGUCAUACGACUUUGAAACAGCUUGAGAAAUAAAACAUCUUUCUUCAUUCGCCCUGAUCGUCUUCUGACACAGAGGCUCAGGUGUGUUGUAAUAUUCCAGAACGGCCAGUUGGUGUUGUAUCUCUACACCCCAGUGAAAUGUAGGAAUACAUUUAGAAACAAUAGAUAAGGAAAUUAUUAUUCCUUGAAUGUAAUAUACACAGACAGGAACCAUAUCUCAUCAUAAAUUGUAAAACACUGAGUCAGUCUCAAUCAUUGCUCAGGAUUUUUUAAAACUCAACCAGUCUUUCAUAACAAUUGUUGAAUUGCGAAAGAAGUUAAACUUGUAUUUGUUGGAACAACAUUUAACUGAAUGUUUAAGUAUACAAUACCAGUCUUGGCAAGUAUCGAGAAAACGUUAACCUUUCAGGGUUAUGUAAAUCAGAAGGAUCUCUAUAGUCGAUAUCAAUGUUUGUAAUUUUGUUUUACAGCUCGUCAAUUAAACUGCACUGAAAAGAAAUGAUUCAUUCAGCAAAUAUUGCUCAUUAAAAUAAACAGAUUUGAAGCUGCUAAUAGCACUUACAAUUGAGCUAAAUGAGCUUAAAAUGCAUAGUUGGGUAAACAGAGACUCUAAGGGUUAAAAAAACAAAACCUUAAAUGUAGUAGCCGGCGUGGCACAGUAUUUUAAGUAAACAUUUUUGAAUGGAAGCUCAUUCAUUUGGCCAUAGCCAGCAACGUUUUUUAGGUAACGUUGCUUAAAAUUCCUAGUGGAAUUUGCUUAAAAAGUGGGAUGCAAAAAUUAUGCACUAUUUUUAAGGAAAUCCAGCACAUAAUUUUUUUCAGUGUGCAUUCUAGUAAAAGGACAGGGGCUUUAAUGUGUAUUUUUUGGAGAUAUUUCUACACAAAGAAGUAUAAUUGUUUCCUAUAUGAUUUCCAAGGAAUAGCAACUGACAUAUGUGUGUGUGUGUGUGUGUGUGUAUAUAUAUAUAAUCAUUGGUAAAAAUGUGUUUGCAUAAUUUGUAGUGGCUUAAGAUGCCUACAAUUUCUAAAUGACUUAAAAAGCAAGUUAUUUCUGUUAUUCUAAAAUAAAAUGUUCUUGCUAAAUGUUUACAUCAUUGAAAAACCAAUAAACUUUCC